AUGUAGCGCCUCUCUAAACCGGUUCAGACUCAUUGGCCGCCAUUUUUUCUAAGCCGCAUCCGUUUCUGCACUAUUCCCAAUUAUAAACAAUAUUAUUUUGAGUUGUGACUGUGAAAGUGCAUUUGUUCAACUGCAGUUCACGUUAUCACGAUGACGAGCAGUACCGCCAGUGCUUUUAAAUUCAUCGAUGGUUUGAAAGAUGUGGAGCAGCUGGUUACCUUCGCCAAGCUCGCAGAGCAGGCUGAAAGGUACGACGACAUGGCUAGAGCUAUGCGGAAGGUCACUGAACUGGAGGGUAAAUUAACACAAGAAAAACGUAACCUUUUGUCAGUUGCCUACAAGAAUGUUGUUGGUGCUCGACGCUCGUCCUGGCGAGUAAUCUGUAUGAUUGAGCAGAAAGCUGAAAACGAGAAAAGAAAAGCGAUUGCUCAAGAGUUCAGAGUAAAAGUUGAAUCUGAACUGGAUUCUACGUGCAACGAGGUGCUUGGUCUGUUGGGAAAGCACCUGAUCACCGAAGAAUGUUCAGAUGAAGAGAAGGUGUUCUAUCUCAAAAUGGAAGGUGAUUACUAUCGUUACAUCGCUGAGUACAAAUCUGAGUCGGGUCCUGAGCGAACAACUGCCAUCACUAAAGCUGAAUUAGCCUAUUCUAAGGCAAUGGAGCAUGCUAAGAAAAACAUGCCAUCAACUCACCCAAAUCGCCUAGGUCUUGCCCUCAAUUAUUCAGUUUUCUACUAUGAGAUCCUGAAUUCACCUGAUAAGGCAUGUAAUUUGGCAAAAGAAGCCUUUGAUGAAGCCAUCAGCGACUUAGAGAAAUUACAUGAAAAUGAUUGUAAAGACAGUACGCUGAUCAUGCAACUUCUUCGUGACAAUCUUACCCUGUGGACAUCUGAUAAUCAGGCUGAAAAUGGGGAUGAUUAAAUCAGAUCUGAGAAAUUGAACAAUAAAGCUUAUGAAAGGGAUUAACUGAGGGGACUAGAGCAUGCAGUUUUUAUUAAAUGACAAGUUCUUUAUUGACUGUCUUUGCUGUGAUGCAAUUUGUAAUCUUUGGGCUGAUUUACACUUGGGUCAGUGCUAUACACUGGUAACAAUCAACUAAGUGAUUUGAUCUGCCUUUUUCAUUAUCUGAAGCACAGAUGUCACAAACUAAAUUUUACUAUUUUCUUUUUACCAUUCAGAAUUAAAAACAAAAAACACAGCAUAAACAACUUUCUAUUAGUUACCCUACUACAUGUUAAAAUAUGUAACUUUUCCAAUGUUUGCUAAAUAUAUCUUUCUAGAAUAUGAUUAAAGUUUGUUCAUUCUAGUGCUAGUGUUAUCUAUACUGUUACUCUACUACUUAUAAAUUUUUGUUUGUACAACUUGUCAAAUUAUUAAAUUCAUUCCUUUCUAUUGGAAAAUCUGCCCAGUUUUCUUUUGUAAUGUUGGACAUAUUUAGUUACCGUUUUAACUUGUGAAUGCUAAUUGAAUUUUAUUUUUAAUUUCAAAGUUUUACUCUGCGUUUUUUUUUUUUGCAAAUCAAAAAUGCUUGUUUUAUUUUACCAGUAAUAUCUAUAACUGAUCUACCCUGGAGCUUGUUACAAAUGCAAACUAUUUAGGUUUUUUAAAGUAGUAGCAAAUGUGUGUACAUUUGUAACAUUUUGGAUAAUUUUUUACAACAUAUUCUUUUAACCAAAACUUUGGAAAUAAGCAUUUUAAUUUAAGAAGCAUGUAAAGUAGCCUAUUAUUUAAUUACCACUAAUUAAACCUCAAUUGAAACCAUAUUUUGAUUUGAUGUCUACUAAUACAAUCUGAUAUCAUUGCAGGUUUUUAAAUUUAAUUAUUCAAUUUAUAGAGUAGAUAUUCUAGCUAGUUUCUGAGCAUAUUUGUGUGAGGUACAUUGUUACAAUUAUUAGUUUAUUAUUUUUAGAAACAUGGUUGGGGUGGGGUAUUUGGUCUAGUCUUAGUAAUUAACUUCAUUGUAAAAUGUGUGCUGAGUUAAUCCUAACAGUGCAUAUCAUUUUUAAAAAGUUAUUAACAGCAUUGUCUUGUCCUAAAAUGUUUAUCAAGCUGUUUUGACAUUGUGCUGUUUUCACAGCUUGUGAUACAUUAUUGGCAUAGUCUUGGCUAUUAAAGUCUCCCUCAUUCUCUAAAGCGCCUGUAAAAUUGUAAAGACUGCUGUGUGGUUGAUCAGGUGAUAUGCUUUUAGUAUUCUCACCAAAGUUAACUUGGUAGCAACAUUUUCAGAAAUUUUAAAAAUUAAGAAUUGGGCUAAAAAUAGAUUUUAGGGGUUAUUCAGUUGUCAUUAAAAAAUUUAACACUGAAAAUGGUGUUACACAUGUGACAUUCUCAUGUGCUAUGCUGGGUGUGUAAUUCAAAUAUUUUUUCUAUACUCAUAUUUAUGACAAUUACUAGUAAUUUUUAGCUUGUAUGAAUAAAUGAAACUAAUUUUGUUACAUUUAUUACCCUGUUUUUAUAUAGCUUUUAAAUACGUUUAUCAUGAAAAACUUAACUGAAAAAUAAAAUGUCAUCAUUGCAAACUUUC